UGACCAAUCAAAAUCCAGCUUUCACGAUCUCCGGCACAUCAAUAUUUUGGACUGGACGUCAAAAAAAUAAGGGAAAAUAGACUGCGUCAGACCCACUUCGGCUGUAACGAAUUCACCAUAUACACUCAAUACGCCUCCUGUUUGAAAUGGGGGGAUGUAUUGGGUCGAAUCGGGAAAACGGUCCGUCCUCGGGGGAGUCGUCGGAAGCGGCAGUUUCUAUAGGGCGGAACCAACCUUUGAAACCAGAAAAACCGAAAUGGAAGAGCGAGGUUCCACUGACAGAUGGUCAGCUACGGUCCAAACGUGAUGAGUUCUGGGACACAGCCCCCGCCUUUGAGGGGAGGAAAGAGAUCUGGGAUGCACUCAAAGCCGCAGCGUAUGCCCUGGAGACAGGGGACCAUUCCCUAGCACAGGCCAUUAUAGACGGGGCCAACAUAUCACUCCCACAUGGGACCUUGAUGGAUAGUUACGACGAGUUAGGAAAUCGCUAUCAACUCCCCGUCUAUGUCCUGAGUGCCCCCACAAACUUAAUUGAGGACAUUAGUGAAAGUGAGGCCGGCGGAGAUUCUGAGAACCAGUCCCCAGGAUUAGAGAUUCCCAUCAAGUUCCGAAUUUCCUCCUCCAACAAAGACCUUAAACUGUACGUCAGGACCACGGACACUGUGUUGAAACUCAAAAAACGAAUCUGUGAUGAAAUGGGCAUUGAACCGCAACGGCAACGCUGGUUUUUCGCUGGACGUCUGCUAGGAGAUAAACUGAGGGUGGAGGACGCAAAGAUUCCAAAGAGCUACGUGGUUCAGGUGAUAGUGUCCCCUGAAAUUGGCGACAAAACAACCUGAUUCAAGUCUUUCUGUUUGUGUGUUUUUUUUAAAGAAUUUAGUUUGUACUUUUUAUAUCAAGACUUUUUUAUGCUUUGUAUUAUGUUUAAUUUACUCAAUAAUGUUCUCUCGGGAAAAAGGGAGAUCAAUCCUUUUAGUGAACAAAAUAAGUUAAUGGUUGCCAUGGUAACACGUUUUGUUAAUCUUGUUCGUGAAUAAGACUUCGUUGAGAAAAUAUUUUACAUGUUCGUUGAUGUUUCAGGGGCAUAUUUUUGUUUAUUAAGAAAUUAAAAGCCAGCAGGGUUUUAAAUGUUAUGAAUUCUUUUGCUGGUAUUGUUAGGUUUGAUGAUAUUUUUAUUGAAAUAAAUGUGUGAUUUAUAGCAAAUUGAAAAUAUUUGAUUGGAAAAGGUUGCAUGGUUACAAACCGGUACCUGUUUAUGAAAGUAUGCAUUUAGUAUAUAGUUCUGAGAUUAAAUUAUUUACUUGUUGUAUAGUUGGUCACAAAUCAAAGAAGAGCGCAGCGAGUCAAAGUUUUGCCGUUAUUUUUUAAAAAAUUUAAAUGAAAGUGCUUACAUCAGAUAUGGUUCAUGUACCGGUACAUGGAUUAGGUUAAUAAAUCUGACAGUACCCGCUACCCAGAAUAUAAAUCCUUUUUUUCCUUCUAAAUAUACUUGUGCUUGUGUUGUUGUUAUGUUUCCCUAUAUGUCAUGUAAAUUCAAUCAAGUUCUGUUAAUAUACAAGUGAAAUUGUUUAUUACAUUUUGCAUGUAGAAGAGCUUAUAUUGUUAUGAGAACAGAAACUUAAAACUCUGCGCUCUUUUCAUUUCAUAUUUCUUUGAAAAUUUGAUGUUUUCUUAUAAUAAGUUUUUAGAAAUUCAGAUGAACACACUUGAACCAUAUUUUCUUAAAAUUUCUGUUUUAAUUUGUUUUGAUGAAUUAUCCCUUUUAAAUAUAUUGUUAAGAUUUGAUUAUAUGAUAUCAUGAUGUAUUGGGGAAAUGUUACUCCUGUAAACCCCCUCUCCCAUAACCAGUGCUGUCAUGUAAAAACAUGUAGGUUUCUUUUUGUGUAUCAUCAGUGUUAAACUGAUCAGCAAAAUACUAUUUUCACCUGGGUCAAACAUGAUAUUUGGAACUGAUGAUGGAAAGCAUAAAACUUGAUCAAGAUAUCAUAACCUUACUGUUUGAUGAUAAAAAGUUCAGAUAUGAUGAUAUCAGGUUAAUGCAAACAUGAUAUCUGGUUCACACAGACGUUAUAUCUGGUUCACGCAGACAUGAUAUCUGGUUCACACAGACAUGAUAUCUGGUUUACACAGAUAUGAUAUCUGGUUCACUAAUACAUGAUAUCUGGUUUAUGCAGACAUGAUAUCAUGAUCAUGCAGGCAUGAUAUUUAGUUCAUGCAGACAUGAUAUCUGGUUUAUGCAGACAUGAUAUAUGGUUCAUGCAGACAUGAUAUAUGGUUCAUACAGACAUGAUAUCUGGUUCAUGCAGACAUGAUAUCAGGUUUAUGCAGACAUGAUAUACCAACAAUAAUCAAGAGAAUAUACAGGUUAUUAGAAAAAUAAAUUAAACAUGACAUAUUGCCUUUGCAAUUCACACAUUGUAUGCAUUUCAAUUGAAUGAUUGGCGGUCAAAAAACCCGCCCUCUUGGUUGACAAGUCUUUACAAAAGACUUCCGGCAUUAUUAUCAUGUGUAUGACACUAAACAUUAUCGUUGUAUUAUAUUAAAGGUAUAUGUAUGAGUUAGUCAUUUAACUCACGAAAUGAUAUAAGCCCCAACUUAUCAUGGUCUUUGUAAAAGACGAGUCCAUUCAGUCUUUCAGAUAUGACCUUAUAAACAUGAUGUAUGUGUAGUCGAUAGUUUUUAAUGUUUCAAUUGUCAUGAAUCAUGAACAUUUUAAAAUUCACUAGUUAUUUGUAAAGAGUCAUAUUAGAUCUUAUUGAAGGGCAUGUUACAGAUGAAAUUACAAAGGAACUAUGUGGGCAUUUAUCAUGUUUAACUGUUUGCCAUGUUUGCUAUAGUAUUUCAUUAUUCAGCUUUGUGAAUUAUUUUGAAAAAUAUGUCCCAAAAAAGAAAAUAAAUGUAUAUGCGUUUAUAUGAAAUUCUAGAUAUCAUAGAAGCUGUGAAAAUGCCAUUUUUCACAUUCAAGUAUUUGAAAGUAGAGUUAAAAAAAACUUAAUUCAUUGUGUCUUAUUUAAUGAUUAACUAAAUAAUGAAAUAAGUGAUAUAUAAUAAUGUAAAAUUAAAGUUUUGUUGGUUUUUUUUGUUUGUAUGUACACCAUUUUCAACAAAAAUAUAGUUGAAACAGACACACGUGUAGGUCCUUGUACACGAAAUGUCCUUUGUAUGUUUUACAUGUGCAAUAAUGUUAUGUAAUAGUAACACACCUGUGUUACCUGUGAAAGACAGGGACACCUGAGUUUGUUUCUGUACAGGUGAGACCCCCACCUGACUGAAUAUGUCUGUAAAUCUGGAUAUUUGUCAACACAAUAAAAAAUUAUUUCUCCA